ACCAGAUGGAAAACCAGAGAACCUUCGCGUGAACCGAAACCCUUUUCUCCUUUUCCACUUUGAUUUUCGAACACCGCCUCUUGCCCUUUUCUUCGAAUCAAAUUCUUUUGAGAUCGAAACCCUACAUCGUUGCCCUAAUUACAACAUGUCGUACCAGCCAAGAUCUUCAAAUCACAACGAAACCGACGACGACCGCCAUAACCGUCGCCUAUACAACCCUUACCAAGAUCUUGGCGUGCCCGUACAAACCCUAUACAAGCUUCCGACAUCUCCUGAAUACCUUUUUCAAGAAGAAUCCGUCGCUCAACGGCGUUCAUGGGGCGAAAACCUAACCUACUACACCGGAAUCGGUUACCUCGGCGGCGCUGUAGUUGGGGCAGGAAAGGGUUUAGUUGAAGGUGUGAAGGCUUCUGAGGCUGGAGAUACCAUGAAGCUCAGGGUUAAUCGGAUCCUGAAUGCGUCGGGUCACGCGGGUCGGAAGAUCGGGAACCGGGCGGGUGUUAUUGGAUUGUUGUAUGCAGGUAUGGAGAGCGGGAUGGUUGCUGUUAGGGAUACGGAUGAUAUUAUUAACAGCGUGGUGGCCGGGUUAGGGACUGGAGCACUUUAUAAGGCGGCGGCGGGGCCGAGGUCAGCGGCGGUGGCCGGAGCUAUUGGUGGAAUAGCGGUGGGAUUAGCUGUGACAGGGAAGCAGGUUUUGAAGCGAUACGUACCGAUCUGAGCUCGAUCGGUAUUCAUCUUAAUUCAAGUUUUGAUCAUUUGAGACUUUUAAAAGGUGAUUUGGUCUGUAGUUUUUUUUACAAUAUUGAUGAUGAUUCACAUAUUUUGGUAUGAAAAAAAUGCGUAAUUUUGUUUUUUGUGCACUGGAUGCCCUUUAUAUUGUGUUCUGUAUCAGUAUCAGGAAGGGUUAGUCACAAAUAAAUUCAUGGAGACAUUGAUAUGGAAAUCAUAUCCCAGAUUUUUUUAGCUUGUUUGGUGCUUCAAUAUUUGUUUAGAUGAAUUGAUUUGAACAUUGGUCUGUUCUACUAACUAAUUAAGGGUCUGUUUAC